AUGCCGAGAUCAAGCUUCUCGGAUAACCCGCUGCUGCGCGUUUCCCGGCCUGUGUCCGCAUGUUCAAGAUGUGAGCUGACGGGAGUUGUCUGCCAGUGCGAUGGGAAACUGCCAGCAUGCACCGCCUGUGAGAAGGCCGGUCGCGAGAACGAGUGUUCCAGUGCCAAUGACCAGUUCGCUCGUGGCAAAGAGCGAAGCUAUGUCGCAGCGCUGGAACUGAGGAUAGAGAAGCUCGAACGCCGUCUGGCCUUUGCUCGUUCUAGAAAAGCCUCUGUGAACCUCUACGACGUCGACGAGGCGCCCCAGCAGUAUGAUCGCAAGGACUCCUUGGCCAAGAUUCGAGCGGCCAUUCAUCGUAAAGCCGCCAGGAAGCGAGAAGAUGCCCAUAUAAACUCUCUUAUAUCUGAUUUUGGCUUCCUGUCCGUCGAUGCGACCUCACGCGACUUCGAACCUUCAAUCAGCAACAUGUCCUUUGGCCUAUUCGUCCUUGCUGCUUCGGCCAACGACAAUCUUCCCGAGAUGACAUCCGAUCCAUUGCCGCCACGCCACGAGACGCAACCGAUUGUCCAGUACUAUAUGACGCACAUCUGGUCCCUGUACCCUUGCUUCUCGGAGACGAAGCUCUUGACCGUCCUAGAAGACAUAUACCAUCAGGACGACCGCGUCGUACAAGAUUCGGACUAUUGGCUGGCCUACAUGGUCCUUGCCAUCGGCUACGUCGCCCGGAGCCGAAGCGGGAACGACGAGUAUUACAAGAAAGCCGUGGAUUUUGCCGCCCGGGCCCUGCCCUACGCUGACGGCGCACUGACGCCUGGCUACGUUGCCCAGAUACAAUCACUCAUUCUCUUCACCCAGUACUCCAUGCUGGACCCGGCUCAUUUUGACAGCUGGCACCUCAUCGGCUUUGCUUGUCGGGCCAUUAUGGACAUGGGCUUCCACCAGGAUCCCCCGCCGAAUCAAGUCAGCGAUACUGCGGCUCUCGAUAUGCGCAGGGCUUUAUUCUACUGCGUGUACUCCCUCGACAGAGCCAUCAGCAUGGCGCAUGCCCGCGCAUUCGGAUUUACAGAUGACUCGAUCAGCGUGGACUACCCGAGCAGUUCUAUCGGUCGUCUGACCUCAGGGCGUCGCAGUUCCAUCCCGGAAGGCGCUAUCGCCGGGCCCCAAGGUGCACAGCCUGCCAUACUGUUCUUCGAGUUUCGUCGCAAGCAGUCCAACUGGUACCAAAUUCUGUUCCAGUCCGAACCCGCCCCGCUCCUCGAUGCCUCCGCCUUCAUCUGGCAGAUGUGUCUCGACAUGCGCGAGUGGAGCGAGUCCCUACCGCAUACACUCCCGGUUCCAAUUCGGGAGCUCUUCGACCUCGAGCUUCGCUACAGCUACGUCUACUGCCUCGCCCCGUCAGCAAGAGCGCCCCACCUCACUCCCUACACACGGGCUCUUAUCUUCGAGCAUGCUAUCGCCUAUGUGAACUCGAUCCAUGCCAUCGCCCACCGCAGCGACCCGGGCGAUGUGGCCUUUCACACGUAUCACGAUGUUCUCAAGGUCUAUUUCAUUGCCACCCAACUCGUCACCGUUCUCAAAGACAGCUUCGAUGCCCUUCUCUCCGGCGCGCUUCCGCAGAUCCCCAUCACUCGUCCAGGGGCCGCGCCACCCCCUCCCCUUCCUCCGAGGCAGCUGCCUGCCGAGAGCAACGUAUCGCGCAGCUUGCGUUGCCUACGACAGGUAGUCGAGACGUUGCAAAAGUUCAGUGAGCGGUGGUAUAAUGCGAUGCCGCUCAAAGAGAGCUUCGAAGGCAUCUCGGCCGAGCUAUGGAGUUGGCUCCGAGUGCGGGAGCGCAUGAUUGAACAACCGCAAUCGCAAUCGCAGCAAAUGCAGCACUGCCAGACACAACCGUUGACCCCAAACCCAGGCGCUGGCGCAAGAAGGUCGCCUCAGAUCCCGGGACCCAUGUCCCAGGCGCCGCCGCCGGGCGUACCAAAAUAUCAUUGGGCGGGAUGA